CUUGCUUCGUUCAUGUCUCUAUAUCAAUUACAGCAAUGACGACGACUCGACCGUUAUAAUCUGCAACGCCUCACUGUCAUUCCUUCGUGGAUUCUUCUCAUCGUCAGUUUGUCUGUCUUGACAAUAUGAUUCCGGGACUCAAUGCUCCAUUCGAAGCAGUUUCCAAGUCCAUUGGUGCUGCUACCGACGAGCUCAAGCUGAUAUUCUGUUUCCUCGUCUCCUACCCGCUCGCUGCCCUCCUCAAACGCAUACCCGACAAUAGGCCUCAGUACAAAAACCUCUUCAUCGUCGCCGUUUCCUUGUUCUUCUUCACCGGCCUCUUUGAUCUCCACGAUGGCCUACGAACAUUCCUAUAUUCUGCAGCCGGAACAUAUGCCAUUACGAGAUGGAUCGAUGGUAGUCUCAUGCCAUGGCUGAACUUUGUCUAUUUGAUGGGUUACAUGUCAAUAUCUCACAUAGUCAGACAAAGACUGAACGACCCGAGCGCAGUGGACAUCACAGGAGGUCAGAUGGUCCUUGUCAUCAAGCUCUCAUCAUAUGGUUGGAAUGUCCAUGACGGCCGACUAGACCCCAAACUCAUGACAGAUACACAAAAGGAUCGAGCCGUGUACACAAUCCCUAGUUUACUCGACUAUGCAGGUUAUGUCUUUUUCUUCCCCAGCCUUUGGACCGGUCCGGCUUUUGAUUUUGUCGACUACCAACGGUGGCUGCAGACCAGUAUGUUUGAUGUUCCCCCAGGAACCAAAGCUCCCCCCACAAAAGGAAAGAGGAGGAUUCCACGAUCCGGCACUCCAGCGAUGUACAAGUUGGUUACCGGCUUGGUGUGGCUUGUCCUUUAUCUAAAGUUCUCGGCCUGGUAUAAUGUGCCCCUCAUUCUUAGUGACAAGUAUAUGUCUUGUUCCUUUCUUCGCCGGGUCUGGAUCCUCCACAUGCUCGGCUUCACCUCUCGCCUCAAGUACUACGCUGUUUGGACAAUGACUGAAGGCGCUUGCAUUCUCUCCGGACUGGGAUACAAUGGAACAGAUCCUAUCACCGGCAAAGCACGCUGGGACCGACUUGAGAAUGUUGACGCUUGGGGUAUUGAAACUGCCCAAAACUCGCGCGCAUAUCUUGACUCCUGGAACAAGAACACAAACAAAUGGCUGAGAAAUUACGUCUAUCUUCGCGUCACACCAAAGGGCAAGAAACCGGGGUUUAGGGCCACCCUGGCAACAUUCAUUACCUCGGCCUUCUGGCAUGGAUUUUAUCCUGGAUAUUAUCUGACCUUUGUUCUGGGUGCGUUCAUUCAGACCGUGGCCAAGAACUUUCGACGAUAUGUUCGACCCUUCUUUCUCACGCCCGAUGGUACCAAGCCAACCAAGUACAAGAUCUACUAUGACAUUGCAAGCUACUUUAUCACCCAAACGGCUUUCUGCUUCACCACUGCUCCAUUUGUCAUUCUUGGUUUCAACGACUCGAUACUCGUCUGGGCGAGAGUUUACUUUUACGCAGUCAUUGGCAUCAUCGUCUCUCUAGCCUUCUUUGCAAGCCCUGCAAAAGGCUAUCUCAUCCAGCGUCUCAAAAAACGCAAUCAUCCAUAUGUUCGCAAGACCAUUUCACAGGAGACCAAUUAUCCACCAUCUCUUGGUCUGCCCUCGGAUCCUGUCCGCGAAAUCGAUGAGGCGAUUGAGGAAAUUAAACUUGAGGUGGAAGAAAGAAGAAGACGAGGCAGUAAAGUCACAAUGCCAAGUGGGGAGAGCUUGAGAAGAGCGAUCGAGGAAAGACUUGGCCAGCAGUUCGAACUGAAGAUGGGACCAAAAGGACUCAAGAUCGGAAGCACAGAGGGUGAUCAUGUGGAUGGUGGCACCGCGAUACAAGAAGCAGCAGACCGAACACAGCAGGCUGAUAUUUCAGGUGAUGGAAUUACCCCGAAUCUAAGGCAAAGGAAUGCUCGUAAAUGAGACAUUGGCUUGGAAAGGAUUGUUUCCAGAAGGUGUUUAUGUCAAACCUAACGAAAUCCCAAGCAUUAUUUCACAGAUGGCGUUCUUCUCAUAUUUUCACCAACCACUUAGCCCUGGCGGCAAUCGGAUAACAUUACGAGGAGUGGAGAGAAAGGUCUUUUAUGAUUCAUAAUCCAACACAAUCUCGACGAAUUGACUUCCAUCCAUACUCCCGCUAUCCUAACAGACCCUUCCGAGUUGAUCACCGCUAAAAAAUGCGACAAUGACAAGUGA